AUGAAAUUCAGUCUUGGUAUUAUUCUCAUUCUCGCCGCUACCUUAAUCUUUGAAUUAAGUGAGGCUAAAAUCGGCGCACCCAAUUCUUUCAAAACUCCACCACCAUCUGGCAUUUGUAAAAAACAUAAACAUAGUCUAAAACCCGCCGAUGGCACGCAAAUUAAAGCAGGCUUUUGUUCUAGUCAGACCUUUGGCGAAAUUCCAUCGGCUUCUCAUAUGGUCUCUACUCGAAUUCUCUUUCCUAGAAAUGGCGAAGUAUUGCGGUCUAACAAAAAUUUCACUGCAAAAGUUAAGAGUAUCCAUCUGAACACAGGUUUCUUUUCCGAUCCUCUAACAGAUUAUUAUGAUCUGCCCCAACAACUUGGUGAUAAUGGAUUCAUCAAAGGACACAGUCACAUUGUCAUCCAGGCAUUGGAAGGACGAAAUGAUGUCCCCGAUCCCACUGUAUUCGCUUUCUUCAAGGGUUUGAAUGAUCCCGCUGACGGCUCUGGUGUUUUAUGUCAAGUAGUCGGAACCAAGGCCCAACCCGGCCUACCGAGAGGUUUCUAUCGUAUGUGUACUAUGAGCUCAUCAUUCACCCACCAACCUUUGAUCAUGCCUGUUGCCCAACGUGGCUCUCAAGAUGAUUGCAUCAAUUUCCAUGUCAAAUAG